AUGGCACAUAACUGUGCAUGUUCAGAAAAUGCAGUAAAAAAUCCACAUUUAGCCCGUUUAGAUAAUGAUUAUUUAUAUCACAUUGCACUAGAUACUGAAACGAUGAACUUAGUUGAAGCUUUUGGAGAUACUAAAUUUAUCUGCAUGGGAGGAUCCCCAAAGAAAAUGUACUUGUUUGCCAAAUAUAUAAUGAAAGAAAUUGGCCACAAAUUACCCUUUGGCACUAAAUUACUGGAUAUCAGCGAAAAGGGUGAUCGAUAUUGUAUGUACAAAGUGGGGCCAGUAGUUUCGGUAAAUCAUGGUAUGGGAUGUCCCACGAUGGGGAUUCUACUAAACGAACUAAUCAAAUUAAUGUAUUAUGCCAAAUGUAAGAACCCAAUGUUCUUUAGAUUAGGUACGUGUGGUGGUAUAGGCUCCAAACCAGGUACAGUUAUAAUCUCCGAAGACGCUUGUGACGGAAUGUUACAAAAAGAAUAUCAUAUUCCAGUUCUCGGAAAGAUAAUUAAAAGAUCAACAGAAUUAGAUAAAGAGUUAUGUCAGGAAUUAAAAUCUCUGUCUUCACCUGAUGACGAUUUUCAGGUAAUUUCAGGAAUAACUAUGUGCACCAAUGACUUUUACGAAGGUCAAGCAAGAACAGAUGGUGCGUUUUGUGAAUAUAAAGUAAAAGAGCAAAUGAAUUAUCUAAGAUCUCUUCAAAGUAAAAACAUAGUCAAUAUUGAAAUGGAAUCCACAGCAUUUGCAGCAUUUACGAAAGCUGCUGGAAUUAGAUCUGGAGUAAUAUGUCUUAACGUUCGGGAUGUAUUAGAAGGAGAUAAAAUAUAUGUCUCAAAAGAACUUAUUAAUAAAUGGCAAGCACGAACACAAAUUUUAGUAGCUCGGUAUAUAAAUAAACAUUUAAAUUAA